GACGUCCAGUCCAAAAAUUUCUCUCUCAAGUGCAUUGCAUUUUUGUUUGUGGAAAUCUCCAUUUUUGUGCAAUUCUUCAUGUCUACGACAGUGUUUAGUGUGAAUAGAGUGUUUCUGCUGUAUCGCGGCAAUAUGAUUUUAUUGUGAUUCGAGUGGAAUAUGUGCAAAAAUCAUGACUCAACAAUGACGUAGUCAUUAGUGAUGGAUUAUGAUGAAAUUUGGACAUUUAUACUCUCGCUCACGAUAUUCACAUCACUGACGACAAUGCUGGCCGCCUGCCUCUGUUGCCGGAAGAGAGUGCCCAAGAAUGAUCUUUUGGGCUUGGAAGGCAUGGUUAAGAUUAAGAAUCCAGACGACAAUCUGCUGCAUAAUUCCACGUUGGCUCUCAAAACCGACACGGUGGACUCUGUCGGUGAUAAUGAUGUUAAAAGAUCCAGCAAUGCGCCACAUCGAAGUCUUCCGGACAUCCCAGCGAGUGAUCAAGCGGCAGUUGAUACGAAUUCCGAUCUGUAUGCCACAGUUGGUGACAAAGUGCAGGGAAGACCGCAGGGCAGAAGUCCGUCGAGCUUGAAGAAGCAAUCAGUGUCUCAGCACAGUUCGCUGAGUCAGGCGGAUGAUGUGAGCUCACCGUACGCGAGUGUGCGAUCGCCAUCACAUGCGUAUGACAAGAUACGGAAGACAGAGCAUCCAUAUGCACAGUUACAGCCAAAUCAGGUCAAUCCGCCGCCCGAUCACAAUGGUCUCUCACGGCGGGCGUCCAAUGAGAGUCUUCUGGGCACGAAUGAGCCCACGGGAGCUGAUAUUCCCGCGGCAUCGGCGAUUGCGGGGCGCAUUUCGGCCAGCCAAGAGUUGCCCUACAUGACACCGCCGAUUGCACAGCCGCAGCACUUCAGUGGCGAUUCGCAGGACUCGUCGAAGGGCUACACGAGCAUCAGCGUGCGUGAGCCACUGGCGAACAUUCUCGCGCAGACCAACAAGCAGAAUGCACAGACGAGACGGAGAGACUUGAGUGAUUCACACUAUGCCACAGUGUCUGACGAUUCAGACGAAAUGUACGCGGCCAUUGAUGAUCCCAACAAUCCGGCUGAUCUCUACACCAGCGGCUCAGAGACGUACGCCCAAAUUCAGCCGCCCAAUGCGAUGGUGGUGUCAGUGGAGAUCAACACGCCGUCGAAUGUGAGGAAUAAUGAUAGCAUUGAUCAAGUGGCUGAAGUGACAACACCACAGCAAAACAUUGACAUUCCCGCGCCGUCUCUCGUGGACAAUUUUCGUGCUCAGGCCACGGUGCAUUCGCGCCAGGCCUCGUCUUCCAGUGUCACGAGCUCCAUUGGAAUCCUGGGCUCGCCGAAGCCGGAGAAGCGCCAAGCGAACUCUCCACUUCCGCCGACGCCCAAGAGUGGCAAAAUUGUGGCUCACUAUUCGUCGAGCAAUUCCAAUCUCACAUCCACCAGCUCUACGCAAUCCGGAAGGAAUUCCGUGGCGUCAGUCGUGGACACACAUCAGCUGCUCGAGACCAAAGGCGAUGCUCUUCAUCCCGGUGAUGAUGAUGUGUCGGUGAGCAAGUGUAAAAAGAGUCCGUCCAAGGAUUUAGAGGGCAUGUAUGCCAAGGUGAUGAAGAAGAACAAAUUGUCAAAUCUACCAUCGCAGAACUCGUCGCCGCAGAUGAGCAGGAAAUUCCCGGGCGAUCGUGCAUCGACGGCAGAGCCAGAAGUGUUUAUAUCAGAUUCCGAUAUAUCAAAUGGAACGCCAGUGCCUGAUUCUGGGCGAGCGUCCGUGCACGAGUCUCCGGGGAAGUAUAGCGUGAGAUCUGCCGGUCAGGCGGACAACAAUUACGAGACGAUUGAGAGGAAGUUAUCGCGUGGGAGGAGCAGCAGCUAUGGGGAGAAGGAUCCGGGGUAUGAGACGAUUCCCGGUGAUAAGAGGGAUGCUGUUGAUGGACAGAGUCGUGCUUCAGCUCCGCCAGGAUUAAUUGCGCCGGUUGAGGUGCUUCAGAAGGCUGACUUUGCGAGCAGCAAUGUCUUCCACUACAAUCAGGCCAUGGAGGAUCCGGGAUAUGAGAUUGUGAAGCAGCGUGGGAUCUCGACGUCGGACGACGAUCCGAACUAUGAGGUGCUGCGGCCGACGGAUGUGCGUGAUGAGGAUGGGUACUCGAGGAUUUGGGACAAAGGUGGGGUGAAGAGAGUGAAUCGACUGAGUGGUGGAGACUUGCUGGACGGCUACAGUAGCAUAAAGACGCCGCGUGGCGAGAAGUCGGGCAAUGAGACGGAGACGGACAGCGAUGUGCCGGGCUACACGUCGAUUCGGGAGGUGAAGAAGCUGUCAUCCAAGACGCUGGAUGAUGUUGAGCCUGGAUACAGUAUUAUUUGUGAUAAGACAGCAGAGCAUCAGACGAAGAAGCUCAACACAUCGAUUAACAACAACAAUAACAACAAUAUUCUCGACGAUUCGGAUAUUUAUUCCAGCAUUCCGCACUCGGAGAAUCCUUCGUACUUGAGUAUUCAGGACAAUGUGCACAAUUAUUCCACAAUUGGCGAGACGCCGUCCAGCAGUCAGACUCUGGUCAGCUCUCCCGGCUACUCCAGCAUCUCUGACACUCUCACAGCCACCACGACACCGUCGAGCGAGAGCAUGGGCUCAGAUCAGUUGCUCUAUCGCAGCCACAUGCAGACGACAUCGAGCAAUUACGAGUCACUCACCGGCAGCGAGUCAGAUCCCAACUAUGAGACUGUGCGGUAUUUGGGCGUGAAGGAGAAUCCCUAUGAAAGGCUGCACAAUGAAAAGGCGUCCAGUCCAGAGUGCCAGAGCGAGAAGAGGCCGAGUGACUCGGGUGGCGGUGGCGGCGGUGGCAAUCAUAUCAGUGGAAAUGGACCAAUUCCCACCUCGGCCGAGGGUCAGGAGGUGAGUGACUACUUCCAAGUGUGACCAGUCCAUUGCAAUAUGAGCAUUUGAGCCUCUUUUCAAUGAGUGCAAGCAAAAGAAGAGAAGAAAAGUGUAUUCUGUGUGAUUCAUUCAUUAUUUGUGAAGCUAAAAAAGUGGGAAGAAAAAGGCUUCAAGUUGCGAAGAUAUACGAAAGGCAGCGAGAGGAGUUAUAAUUUAAUGCACAAGUCUAAAGAAUCUAUUCUGAAGUAAAAAAAAAAUAAAUAAAUUCACUAUCAUAAUCCUCACUUGAUGUAAUUUAUGGUAAACAUUAGUAAAAAAAAAUAAUAUUCAAGUGGGGAACUGAGUAAAAUAUACCUUACAUUAUUAAUAAUAUAUACGAAAAAGAUUUACUAAAUUAUUGAAUUCCCACCCCCCAAAUUAAAUUAAGAGAGAACAGGAAAAAAGAGGAAGGAAACCUUGGAAAUAAUAUUUAUAAUAUUGUACUUUUAUUCAUAUUUAUUUUAUAUUGUACAAUUUGAGAGAUAAAAUCUAAGACUCUUGAUAUUAAAAUGCUUUAUAUUCCA